GUUUGAUCGCGUCUGGUCUGCACUGAUGUGAGAGUCAGUUAGCCUGCCUUUUAUUUUCACUCUCUUUAAAUAUGGUCUAAAUACAAAAUGAUGAAUCUCCGUGGUGUUUUUCAAGAUUUCAACCCCAGUAAGUUCCUGAUCUAUGCUUGCCUGCUGCUCUUCUCUGUACUGCUGUCACUGAGGUUAGAUGGCAUCAUCCAGUGGAGCUACUGGGCGGUGUUUGCGCCCAUCUGGCUCUGGAAACUCAUGGUCAUUAUUGGGGCAGCAGUGGGCACUGGGGUCUGGGCUCAUAACCCACAAUACAGGGCUGAAGGAGAGACCUGCGUGGAGUUUAAGGCCAUGCUGAUUGCUGUGGGCAUCCACGUGCUCCUGCUCACCUUUGAGGUUCUGGUGUGUGAACGUGUGGAAAGGGGUUCACCCAUCUGGCUUUUAGUCUUCAUGCCGCUCUUCUUCGUCUCCCCAGUUUCUGUGGCAGCUUGUGUGUGGGGAUUCAGACAUGACCGAUCACUUGAGCUGGAGAUUCUCUGCUCUGUAAAUAUUCUUCAGUUCAUUUUUAUCGCAUUACGACUGGAUGAUAUCAUCCUCUGGCCGUGGUUGGUGGUGUGCGUGCCGUUGUGGAUUCUCAUGUCCUUCUUGUGUCUGGUCGUACUCUAUUACAUCGUCUGGUCUGUGCUCUUCCUGCGUUCCAUGGAUGUUAUUGCUGAGCAACGGCGUACUCACAUCACCAUGGCGAUCAGCUGGAUGACCAUUGUUGUGCCCCUGCUUACCUUUGAGAUUCUCCUUGUCCACAAGCUGGAUGGUCAUUAUAACUCCAACUACGUCCCAGUGUUUGUGCCUCUCUGGGUGUCUUUGGUAACUCUAAUGGUGACCACGUUUGGUCAGAAAGGAGGCAAUCACUGGUGGUUUGGAAUUCGCAAAGACUUCUGCCAGUUUCUCCUUGAACUUUUCCCCUUCCUGAGGGAAUAUGGCAACAUCUCCUACGAUUUGCACCAUGAGGAUUCUGAUGUGUCCGAAGAGAUGCCCAUUCAUGAAGCACCAAAAAUCGCUCCAAUGUUUCGCAAAAAGAUGGGCGUGGUGAUCACCCAAAGUCCUGGCAAAUACUUUGUGCCACCGCCCAAACUGUGCAUCGACAUGCCAGACUAACAUUCAGACCUUGGUCAUCGUUUGACUGUUCAUGAACAGUGAGCCAAACAUAGCACUAUGCACUGGGGUCCACUUCAGGACGCACCAUUAAAGAAGAGAAAUGUAAUCCUGCUACAAAGAUGUUGCUUCUGAGCUCCUGUUUGUUGGGCUAAGCUCAAAACGAGCGGAUAUCUAUUUGACUCUUCCUAGCCAUUUUGUAUUUGUAAAUCAUAGCCUUGUGUUUCAAUCUCAGUAAACUCCAGCUGCUUAGCUGGGACCUAUUGCC